UGCAAGAUUAGUUGAUAAUCUUAUAUUUUGUUAAUCAAUUUAGUACCCCCUUAUUCAGUUGCAUCCCCACCCCCGUACACAGAUGAGCCCCCACCCUACACGCCCUCGGCAAUGUACAACACAGAUCCAACGAUCGUCUGCCGAGUUUGUCAACAGUUAAUUCCAAUUCGAGGAAGAGAAAACCAGAGAGUCAUAAAAUGCUCAAAUUGUCAGGAAGCAACGGUAAGUGCUUAUAAUAAUUAAGUACUUUAAUUUAAUUUGUAAAUAAAACUAACUUUAUUCUUUGUCAGUUGCAUCCAGUGUAACUGCUAGAGCGUAAAAAAAAACCUGUGGUUCCGGUUUCAUAUCGCGAAAAAAUUAGGGUCGGUAGGUCGGAAAUAAUUUUUUUUUUGAAUAUUUUUUUCAUGGUUUUUUCAAUAAUUGGUGUGACAACAGACGCCAUUUUGGAAGCAGCCCGCAACCACCCGGAGAAAAUAGGGUCGCAUGGUCAAUCGCGUCACAGAGUAGAGACAUACAGAGACGUAACUAGUGUACCCACUUUUUUUGUGUGCAUGCUCGGCAAGUUACUAGAUGCAUGCAUCUGAUUGGAUGACGACCUGAUGACGACUCACUUUAAACUUGCUGAGCACGCGCAGUUGAUCAUUUUUUGCCCGAUCGCCUGAAAAAAGUGGGUACAUGAUAACGUAAUCUUCCACAGUGUUUACAAUGGUCAGUUACGUCUCUGUAUGUCUUAUCUACUCUGUGAUCGCGUUGAAAAAAUAAUAGGGUCGGUCGGGAACCGGAACCACAGGUAUUUUUUUUACGCCUAGAGGAAGUUUGAGUACCUUUAGUGUAACUGCUAGAGGAAAUUCGAAAACAUGCAGAGUUUGCUAUAGUGAAACAGGUAGUAGUGAUUGAUUGAUUGGAAUCAGGCCAAUAUUUCCCCAAUUGUUGAGAAAAUACGAACUUUAAAAAUUAUAUACAUUGUGCCUUGAUGCAUGUUGCAUGUACAAACGUUCAACCUGAAUCCGCUUUUUUAUGAAAAAAAAUCAAAUAUGUAAUCACUCACACAAAAGGUAGCAUUGGUGUGGAGCAAACCAGUGCCGUGACGAAAAGAUAUGAAAUGUGUCAUUUAUGAACAGUUUUACUCUACAUAAUAAACUUUGGUUGUAGUAACGUUAUGUUGAGUGACAUCACCUUGUCAACUGACUUUAUGUCAUCGUUAUAAAAUCGGUAUCAGAAUCGGAUAGACUGUUGCGUGAAUAAACUAGAAUAUUUAAUCGGUAUUUUCCAUUGUGGCACAAUUUGUCAAUCAUUAACAGGAAGCACUCCCUUUCUUGCCAAAUUUCAAAAUACAGUGUUUAAUUAAUAUUUAUGUUUUAGCCGAUCAAACCACCCCCGGAAGGCAAAAAAUACAUCAGAUGCCCCUGCAAUGCUUUGCUAACAUGUAAAGUUACUUCAACAAGAAUAUCUUGUCCUCGAACAGACUGGUAAGAAUUGGUCUUUGCAAAAUCUACACCACAAGGCAAGAGGUUGUACGAGUGUACAUUUAACAAUAUAUUUUCUAUUGUAGCAAGCGUAUCAUUACGGUCGGAUCUGCAGUACCCAGUACAUCACAUGUGAUCAUUGCCAGUCCCAAUCUUGCUCAUGAAAUGAGAGUACGAGUCAGUUGCGGACACUGCAAUGAAAUAUUUAUCGUAAGUAAAUGUUUACCAAAGUAUAAAUUGUCAACUUUUCAAAACUGCAACAUUAAUGUUUUUAAAAGUUUGAUGAGUGACAUUAACCCACUGAGUUGCAUUGCAUCCCGCUUUAUUAUUUACUCUGUCUAAUGCCAGAUGAUUUUAAUUUGUUGCUCGAUAGGUUCAUACCCGCCUGGAAAGUCCUUGAAUUGGGGACAAAAAUCCUUGCCAUUUUCAAAGAUUUUUCCCAGUUCUAGGUCCUUGAAUUUACUGAAAAAUGCCUUGAAAGUCCUGCAAAAGCCCUUGAAUUUCACCUUCACCAAAGGGUGAACCAUUCUAAUUAAUUUGUAAUAAAUAUUUUUAUUUUUAUAGUUCCGAAAUACGGCACAUCUGGCUCGAUGCCCGCACUGUCACAGGAUGUAAGCAGUUUAUUCAACAGUAUAUACUGCUUGAAAAAAUAUUGCUUUUGGCAAACUUUUUUAUUUCAUUUCAAAUCUAGUCUUUACCACUAGCUGUUCAAAUUGAAUUUCCUUUCCAUUUAGUUCUUCAGUUGGUUCAAGGUUUGCAAGAAACAGAGCUUUAGUGUUCGCCAUGAUUGGUCUACUCUUCUUAGCUGUCGGAGUUGGAGUUACCGUAAGUUCAAAGCUUGUUUUUGACAAAUACAAACAUUUAAAAUUCUGGAGUAAGGUGCAUCCCACGUUGUUAUUUUACUCUGUCUAUCGCCCGAUGAUUUUACUUGUCAGCGGGAGAGUGCUGCUACGCAAUGGGUUAACAUUUUUGUGUUUUGUCAAGGUCGCAACCAUGGCAAUGGCCUCGAAAAAUGGAGGUUGGUUGAUUUUAUUUUUUGCAAAGAAGGCAGUAUGAUAUAUAAUUUAUGGGUGUUUCAAGUGACAAAUAAUAGUGUAGUUUUACAUGUACUAGUUAAAACAUGAGCAGCCGAUCUUUAUCUGAUACACAAACUUGAGCCGAAGGCGAGAGUUUGUAUAUCAGAUAAAUAUUAGAUGUGAAUGUUUUAAUGUACUUAAAAAAUGACCCAUCUUACGAGUGCAUUGGUGAAGUAAUUUUAAAAAUAAACAUUGUCUAUGCUGAGAAAAUCAAAGUUGAAGUUUAUGUAAAUUAGGAAAAAUCUUUAUCCGAUUUACACACAUUGAUUUAAACAUUCAUUUCUUUUGUCUGUUCCUCAUGAAUUAUUAAUGUUACGUACAUAUAGUACUACUGCUGUGCGAAUGUCCUGAUUUGAUAAUUGAAAUUGAAUAAAACAAUUAAAUUUUUUUCUACCUUAUAGGUAUCUAUGUCGUUUGGGUUGGUAAGUAUUACUCUUUGAAAUAUUUUUUGUUACUGCUUUCAAAAGUGAAAAAGAAUAUAGAAAAUUUCAUGAAAAUUAUUUAGUGAUAUUAUAUGAACUUAGGCUUUGUUUACAAACAGCCUGCUGCCAAGGCACCAAACUAAUUUUCAAAUUAGCACGACCAGGCAUGUUAACAUUGAAAAAAUUUGAUUUAUGCAAUGUGCUAUGACUGAACUUAGAAUUAGAUAAGUAAUUGGCUCAUAGCAUGGUGUAUUCCAAGCUUUAAUUGACCACUUUAUUUCUUUAGUUUUAAUAAUUUCUCUGCUUCUAUUCUGUUUCCAGGCGCGUUCAUCGCUGGUCUGUUAAACCUCAUUCGCAGCUGCUACUAUUGUACAAUGACGGUUAGCCAAACUGAAGGAACUAUUUAAAGCUGGUGUUGUGUGUGAACCGUCGAAAUGAAACGAACUUGACCCCUCUGCAAAGAGAUCGCACCUGUACAGUCAGUCAGCAUGGCCACUUUUUAUGAAUUUUAUAUAACCUAAUUUGCACAGCAUAGAUUUUUAUUAGAAUAUGCAGAAUAACUGAGUCAUAUACUAACUUAUCACAAGUAAAAUCAACUUGCAAAAAUAUGUAGGCAUACAAGACGGGGUGAGGGGGAGGGGGGGACAACUGCCCCCCAAAUGCUGGGGAAAAUUUUAAAAAGUUCUGGCAAAUAUAUCAUAAAAUAUGUUAAAUUUAGGUUAUUUCAUUACAAUACUCAUUACAUAUACUGUAUAUUGGGGCAAGAUUUCAAGUCCCCAUGGAGAGGAUCCCCCUGUACGCUUAUGUCUAUAGUUGAACUUGGAACUUAUUUGCUGUUGAUCUGGCUAUGAAACUUAAUCUAGCUAGUUGAUAAUAUAGUAAGUACAACACAGGAAAAACAAUUUCUAGUACCAGAGUGACUAAAUUGUUUGAUACAGUAUGUAUCGAUUUUGUGUUUGGUGGCCAGUACCACUGGUGGAAAAUAUUUUUUCUCAGUGCUCAAAAUUUUCUGCAAAAGAUUAUAAUAUAAUAUCAUGGGGAACUGUCUUUUUUACCUCACAUGAAGCAAUAUAUCUUUAAGAUUGAUAAGGCAUGGCAUACAAGAUAACUCCUGAAAUAAUCAUAGUAGUUGCAGUCUCACAGGAUUACACAAUAUGAAUAUUUUCAUUCCCAACUGUUCCGAUGUAAUUUAGGUAUCGACUUAGCAGAUUAAUCUGGUAUUCAAUCAUUUCAAUAAUAUGGUAUUUAGUGAUUUAGGUAUUCAAUUGGUGUAAUUUUCUACCCUGCUGGCAGUGGUUUCUGAGCUGAGGAGAAACCACUUUCUCCCUCGCUGCCGAAGCUCAGCUCAGAAAUCACUGCCAGCAGGGUAGUAAUUUUCAGAAGUGGUUAUCAAACAUCAAAAAAUGUCUGAAAAAUUAGGCAAAAAUGUAGAUCAGGGAACCAUUUUUUCCACCUCUUGACAAGCACUGAAGCACAUGUAUUAUGCACUCAUAAAGAGUCAGUACAAUGAGGAAUGUCCUUGAUCAGUUUUACUGUAAAAUCACAUGGGCAGUUUUGUAGAAAGUAUUGAAUUUUCUCAAUGACAAAAUUAAUAUAAUAUAUGUAGCAUCAUUUUCAUCCAAACUCUUUUUUUCAUGUGUAUAUCAUGUCAUGUAGAUUUUACUGUAAAUGAACAAAUAAAAUGUGAUUCGUUAUAAUUUUGUAUUUCCUUGAAAGUUUGCGUGGCGAUAUCUACUAUUUAAAACACGAGUAGGAGUGUUUUAUCAAGUAUUUAACGCGAGGCAAGUCUGAUAAAACACGACAACGAGUGUUUUGAAUAGCUUAAAAUACGACUACAAAAGAAUACUAAUUAGGAUGAACAAUUAUAUAAAGAAUACUAACGAAGAAGAAUUUGAUCAGAUAUAAAGUCACUCCACGUGACAUAUGGCUGACAUGAUUUGCCACAGGUUUAUGAAUUAUUAAUGAUAUUUUAAUAUAAUAAAGACGCCCUAUACACCCUUUUCAUAAAUGGCUGCCGAUUAAAAAUUCUUUUAUGUGCAUAUAAAUUGCCCAACUAGCCUCGUACUCAUGUUAGGAUUUCAAAGGAAUUUCUACCCAGAAAGAGGCUAGUUGGGCCACGGUUUGGCCAAUUUAUAUGCACAUAAAAGAAUUUUUAAUCAGCAGCCAUUUAUGAAAAGGGUGUAUAGACCGUUUCCAAAAAUGAUUGUCGUUCUUUUGUCUUUCGAAAAUUAGUUUCAAUCAAGGUAAUCGCUACCGCCUUAUAUAAUACUUCAAGACUGAAAACAGUUUUACAUAGUAUAGAUAUAAUACAAUGUAUUCUCUUUGUGAAAUUACUGUAAAUGUUAAAAAUACCCAAGGUUAUACUAGUUUAUUGGCCUGGUAAUGCAAG